AUGGCAGCAGCCGAGGUGGCAAUGUGGACGGCCCUGUUGAAGUUGGCGAUGGCAGCCAGGUCUACUUCCGCGGCGCACACAUCUUUGGACAGUUUGGCAUCGGCUGGGCUGACAGGAGCUACAGACUUCAUUGUCACAGGGGAAUCUGCUGGAGGUCUCACUGCUAUGUUGCACUUGGACUUCAUCCGUGCUCGCUUCCCCACUGUGAAUGUGGUUGGCAUGAACUACUGUGGCUUCUUCGUGGACCUAGCAGACGGGCAAGGCAUACCAGCCUGCGCGAUGCCUUCAGCUCUUGGCUUGGGGAUCAAAGUGUUUUCCGGGACGACGGCAACGUGGAGCCCAAUGCCAACCCCACCUGCGCAGUGA